GAGUCUGUUGUACAGUUUUGAAGAGUUGGGCACCUUUCUUGGUAUUGCUUCUCAAAAGGGUGAGAAAAUAGCUUCUAGAAUGAUCCAGGAAGUUGCGCCGUUUCUUCGAGUGAAAAGGCUCUCGGAGAAAGCCAUUUUGCCUUCUAGGGGUUCCCCUCUUUCAGCCGGCUACGAUCUCUCUAGUGCCGUGGAGACGAAGGUUCCAGCUAGAGGAAAAGCUCUGGUGCCAACGGAUCUCAGCAUCGCUGUUCCCGAAGGAACGUAUGCUCGAAUUGCACCGAGGUCUGGGCUGGCGUGGAAGCACUCAAUCGAUGUGGGGGCGGGAGUGGUGGAUGCUGACUACCGGGGGCCGAUUGGGGUGAUCCUUUUCAAUCAUUCCGAUGUUGACUUUGAAGUGACGGCUGGAGAUAGAAUCGCACAGUUGAUCAUCGAGCAGAUUGUGACCCCGGAAGUGGCAGAGGUUGAUGAUCUUGAUUCCACGGCUCGCGGCUCUGGUGGGGUUUGGAUCUACUGGUGUCUAAGAACUUGAUGUUUCUUGUCAUUGGUAUGUUAGUAUGGUAGAUAAUGGUGAUUGGUGAAGGAUGGUACAUUUGAAAUAUGGGUUUUGGGUUUUCUGACUUGGUUCAGUGUAAGCAAUUUCGGCCUUCUUCGUAUUAACAUGGAAAUUAUGAUGCAACC